AUGGGUUCUUUCGAAAUAAUCUCCAUUUUCCUUAUUGUCCUACUUUUCCCAUCAUUUCACCCCAAAGGUGGAGCUUCAGCUUCUGCUGAAGAGGCUGCUGCACUUCUGAAAUGGAAAGCCAGAUUUCAGAACCAGAACAAUGGCUUGCUAACCUCAUGGAACCUUCAAUCCAUGAAUGCUAGCAACUCUUCCAACCUUCCAUGCACUUGGGCUGGUAUUUCUUGCAUUAAUGGAAGUGUUAACAGGUUGAAUCUCUCAGCAUGGGGUAUUAAAGGUAGCCUUUAUGACUUCCCUCUUUUGUCCCUCCCAAAUCUUGAAUAUCUUGAUCUCAGCCUGAACCAGUUCUUUGGCAGCAUACCUCGUCAAAUAGGUAACCUGUCGAAGCUCAUUUAUCUUGAUUUCUCAGUUAAUGAGCUGUCACAAGAAAUCCCACCUGAAAUUUGCAACCUAAGAAACUUGAUUUAUUUAGCUCUUGUGCGUAAUCAACUUUCAGGUCCAAUUCCUCCAGAAAUAGGAACUAUGUAUAAUAUUGUUGACAUUUAUUUGGAGUUUAACAAUUUAACAGGUUCAAUUCCAGCCUCUUUUGGCAACCUCAAUAGGCUAGUUAACUUAUACCUUUUCCAUAAUCACCUAUCUGGUCCUAUUCCUCGUGCCAUUGGAAACUUGAUUUCACUUCAGUUUCUUGACUUGUCUCAAAAUUAUCUUACCGGUUCAAUCCCCGAGUCACUAGGCAAUUUAACCAAUUUGAUUCAUUUGUAUCUCUUUGAUAACCGACUUUCUGGUUCAAUUCCAAAGAAUUUAGGUGAUCUAAAAUUCCUGACGCUUAUGGAAUUAGGUGAGAACCAACUUAAUGGUUCCAUUCCUGUUUCAAUUGGUAACUUGAGUAACUUGGAAAGAUUAUAUCUUCUAAAAAACCAAUUUUCUGGUACCAUCCCACAAGAGCUUGGAAACCUGAAAAAGUUGUUAGUUUUGGAAUUGGAUCAAAAUCAGUUAUCUGGUCCAUUGCCAGAACUACUAUGUCAAAAUGGAACCCUCCAAAACAUUACUGUGUCUGAGAACAUGCUUACAGGUCCAAUCCCCGGAAGCUUGAAAAAUUGCUCAAGCUUGAUUAGGACCCGUUUCAAUGGGAACCAUUUCCACGGUAACUUACCUCAGCAACAACGAAUUCUAUGGGGAACUCUCCAGCAGCUGGGGAAAAUGCAAAAUCUUGAGAACCCUGAUGGUUGCAAAUAG